GUUCAUAAACAAACAACAUAAAAGCAUAAACCAAAAGGAUAGAAAAAUUUAUAAAAUUUCACGUAUUUAUUUUAUAAAAGUCGCUGGAAAUGCGAUGGUACAUUAAAUAUCUCAUAUUAUCAUUGAUAUUUGUAAUAAUUUAUGUUUCAAUUUAUCAAUAUUAUGAUAAAUAUUUCGAUGUUAAGAAAUCUAAAACCUCAAAUUCAUCAGAAUUAAUUAUAUCAGUUGUUGUUUGUGGAAUAAGUCGAAUUGAAGAAGUUUUAGCAAUUAUUAAGUCAGCUUUAAUAUUCUCAACACCAAAGGAUCGAAUUAAGUUUAUUAUUGUGACAGAAAAUGAUUUGUUGGAACUUCUCCAAGAGAAACUCGAAACAUAUCAGAAUCAAAGACAUUUCCUUUUCGACUUGCGGGAAAUUAAAUUUCCGGGUGAGGACCAAGAACUAUGGAGAAAGCUGUUCAAGCCUUGUGCUUCACAAAGACUGUUCUUGCCAUCAGUGUUGAGUGAUGUUGACGCUACGAUCCUUUACCUUGACUCAGACACUUUAUUCUUGUCACCACCACAAGAAAUCUUUGAUUACCUUCGUCACUUUAACUCGUCACAAAUUGCAGCAAUGACACCUGAAUCUGAACAUAAGAAUGUUGCUUGGUAUCCAAGAUUUUCAUCUCAUCCUUUCUAUGGCGAGUGUGGAGUUAACUCAGGUGUUAUGUUAAUGGAUUUAACAAAGAUGAGAAGUCUUAAAUGGGAACAAGAAAUGCUUCGAUUGUAUGAGAAAUAUCGACUAAAUUUGGUGUUUGGUGAUCAAGAUUUAAUCAACAUUUAUUUUUCACAACAUCCCGAACAGCUUUUCAUUCUUCCAUGUGCAUUCAACUACAGACCAGAUCAUUGCAUGUAUGUAUCAAUGUGCCCAGUUGAAGAUGGAAUAAAACUUCUUCAUGGCAAUCGAGGAUAUUUCCAUAAGACAGAGAAUCAACCAAUUUUUAAUCAACUCUAUGAAUCCAUUCAAAAGCAUCAAUUUCAUUCAAAUCCAUGUCGAAUCAUCAAAGAAGUUGAAUAUCAAAUACAGGGAACAAAUUCAUCGAAAUGUAGUAAAUUAAGUGACAAAUUUCUUCAAACACCGAAGAGGAUUCUCAAGCGAAACUGUGAGACUGACGAUUACAGAUUUGAUCAAUAA